AUGAAGGUCAAGACAAUAAGUCGGUCGCUGGAUACGUACGUCCCAGUAAGAAACACGCAGGAGUCGCCGCUUCCGCGCAACUUGAACCCGGCCUUGCACCCCUUUGAACGCGCGCGCGAGUACACUCGAGCCCUCAAUGCCACCAAGCUCGAGCGAAUGUUUGCCAAGCCCUUUAUGGGCCAGCUAGGCGACGGCCACAGAGACGGGGUCUACCAAAUAUGCCGGAACCCCAACCUGACUGGCUUCAUUGCGAGUGGCUCCGGCGAUGGAGUGAUCAAAUAUUGGAACCUCACGAGCAGGUCCGAAUCUGCUAGUUUCAAGGCCCAUUACGGCAUGUGUUCUGGUUUGGCUAUUACACCCGUUAACCAGCUCUUGUCGUGUGGAGAAGACAAGACGGUCAAGUUGUGGAGCGUAUCUAGUGACGAAUUCACGGGCGCUGGAGACGAUGAAGUCUACAAUGCAGCCGGCGCGGGUCUUUUGAAAACAUAUGUUUCGGACCACGCCUUUAGCGGCGUUUCGCACCAUCGCAUCGAGCCCAUGUUUGUCACGGGCGGAGCCGUGAUCCAGCUAUGGGACAUCAACAGGUCGAAACACGUGCUGGACUUGAGCUGGGGAGCCGACAAUGUCACCGGGGUGAAAUUCAACCAAACGGAAACCAACAUCAUUGCCUCCACGGGGUCCGACAACUCCAUUGUGCUCUACGACACGCGGACAAACACCGCCAUCCAGAAAUGCGUCACCAACUUCCGCAACAAUUGCAUCUCGUGGAACCCGCUUGAGGCCUUCAACUUCGUCACGGGCAACGAAGACCACAACGCCUAUCUAUGGGACAUGCGCAACUUGCGCAAGUCGCUCAACAUAUACAAGGACCACGUUGCCGCCAUCACCGACGUGGACUUUUCGCCCACGGGCGAGGAGCUCGUCACCGCCUCCUACGACAAGACGAUCCGCAUCUACAACGCGCGCGCGGGCCACUCGCGCGAUAUAUACCACACCAAGCGCAUGCAGCGUGUGUUUCAAACCAAAUUCUCCAGCGACGCCCGCUACAUUCUCUCGGGCUCAGACGACACCAACAUCCGCAUCUGGCGCGCCAACGCCUCCGACCGCGCGGGGAUCAAGUCUGCCAAACAGCGCAACAAGUUGGAGUACGACGACAAGUUGAAACAACGCUUCCAGCACAUGCCGCAGAUCAAGCGCAUCGCCAGACACCGUCACGUGCCCAAGGUGGUCAAGAAGGCCCAGGAGAUCAAGCGGAUCGAGUUGGACAGCAUAAAAAGACGCACCGAGAACGAAAGGAGACACAGCAAACCGGGGUCGAAGCCCUUUGUCAGCGAAAGGGAGAAACACGUACGUGGCACGGUCAAUGACCUGGACAAGCUGAAUAAGUAG